AUGGCAACAUGGGGCGCAUACUUCAGCUCCUACGUGAAGAAGACGAGCAAUCCAAAGCAAGUCGAACUGGAGGAGCUUAAUGAGAAGGAAUUGUUAUCUCAAUCAAGCAACGGACCGAAGCGUAUUGAGUCAGGCAGCUCCCAGAAAAGUGUAAAAAAGCUUUAUGAUCUUGCAGAGGAGCCGCAGAGUCAUCAGCCAAAAAGGUCAGCUUCGAACGCUGCGAGGGUUGCGAAGAUGUUCGGGUAUGGCACACCAGCACCAGAGGCGGAGGUGAAGGUUGAACCUGUUGCGCCGAUGGCGACAUGGACGAAGAUUGAACCAGUUGCUCCGCUGUCGUUCACAAAGAUCGAUACCACGCCGGCACUAGCACCGGCGCCGGCUGCGGUGCUCCCUUCCUUCAUGGAAAGAUUCGAAAGCACAGCGACACCCGUGAUAGCACCGCCAGCGCCGAAGGAAGUUGAAAGUAAACCUCUCCCGGCGGCUCCAGCGGCCAAGAAAAACGCAAAAGCACUUCCAACGGCUCCGGUAAAAUCAAAGUCCAAACAAGAUGUCUUUGCCAUGCUCGAUGACUUCGCAAGCUUCGCAGAUAACCCAGACGCCAUCCAAAUCUUGCCCGACCUACCGGCGAAGAAGCCAGUCGUCGCAGAGCUCAGACUGGAAACGAAAAAUAUUGUUACUCAGAACACGAGGGAGGAUUACCGACCAGCGCCUGCGAGGAAAGAUUCCUUCUGGAGCGAAACAGAAAGUCCAGCCUCCUACCGCUCCUCCAGAAAAGGGUCAUUCCAAAGCCAAAUGAGCCAAACCGAAACUCCUGCUUCGCCACUCUCAUCUAACUCGUUCAGAAAAAACCCUUUCCAAAGCCAGCUUUCUCCCUUGCUCUCACGUCCAAAACUAGUGGUUGCCAAGAACGCCUCACUUGAGCCAUCUGAGGAUUUCCGAAGCCGUAUGGAGGAAUUUGAGCGGCAAUCAGAGGAAUUGAAACGUGAGCAGAAAAGACGGGACGAGGAGAGGGAGCAGAUUCUUAAGUAUGAGAGGAUGCAGGAUCAGAUGCGGUAUGAAAGGGAGAAGAUGGAGAUUGAGAGGGAGGAGAUGAUGGAGGAGCAGAGAAAAUUCGAGCAAGAAGCGGCGAGGAUUGCUCAGGAGGAGAAGCAGAUGGAGCAAUUUAUGAAGAGUUUAAAAGUGGAGAUGGAGAGGGAUAGGGAGAAUGAAGAGAGGAAGCGUAGGGUUGCUGAGGAGGCUGAACGAGACAAGCUGAGAGCUCUUGAGGCCCAGGAGCGAGAGCAGGCUAAGAUUGAAGCCGAAGAGAGGGAGUUGAGAGAGCAAGAAGCGAGGCUUGCACAGCGCCAAAGAGAAGCCGAAGAGAAGGAGCGAAAACUGCUGCUGAAAGAUGAGCGAUUAGCUCAAGAGGAAGCUGAUCGUUUGACUGCUUUGGCGCUUCGGGAAGCUAAGGAAGAAGACCGCCGAAGAAACGAAUAUGAGGAGGAAAUGGAAGCGGAUCGACGGAGAUUCGAGGUGGAACAAGAGGAAGAGGAGCGACGCAGAGCCAAUGACGAGGAAUUUGAGAGGCAACGCCAACGUCGAUUUAUAGCCGAGCGAGCAGAGCGCGAGAGAUUGGAGCAAGAACGAGAAGAACAAGAGAGAUUCGAGCAACAAGAGGCCGAAAUGGAGCGUCAACGUGCGAGAGAUGAGAGAAUUGAAACACAGAGACGAGUGGCGGAGGAGAGAGUACAACGAGCUCAGUUUGAGGAGAAUGAGUCUAGGCGCCGCGAUCAAGAGAAUGUAGAUCGAAGAUUCGAUCAACAGGGAGAAGAGUCUGAUGACGACAGACCGCUCACCAAGGAGCAAGAGAUGGAGAAAGCCGAAGAAAAGAUCCGUCAAGCUUUCGCUGGCCUUGCCAAGGAGAAGGACCAAAAUGCCCAACCAGUCCAGAGAUCAAAUACCGUUGCAAUCCAGAUGCCGAGACCAAUUGCGCCUGUCAAGAAUUAUUCCAGAGGCAUAAUACCAGCUGGGGGAGAAUCGAGGGUAAACAAAGGGGAGCCAGAGCAACAAAACGCAGAUAGGGUUUUGGGUAGGAAUAACACAGUUGCGGCCUUUGGAGCAAAGCCUGGGCCAGCGAAGAAGCCUGGAGUUUUGCAGAAGCCUCCUAGGGCACCAGGUGGAAGUCUGGGAAAUAUUGGUUUGCCGGGUGGUCCGAGGUCUGGUUUACCUUCAGGACCGGGGCCAAAGAGAAACCUAACAACGCGGAGAUGA